AUGCCGACGUAUCGUGAUGCAGUGGAAAAAUUGAAUUCCACUCAGUCGGGAUUCAAGGUGCUGGAGGAAAGAAGGCGUCUCGGUCAAAGUCUAGACAGCGGAGUCGUGGAACAGAUGAGGCAGUGGAUAUGUCGCAUCGGUUACGAUUUGAGUAGAUUCCUGAAUCUUCCUUUUGUCUGUUGUUUUGGACUAAUCGACAUUGUCUCACAGAUCAGCGAUUUGAAUCGUCUCAAUGUAGUUCAUGUUGCGGGGACGAAGGGAAAAGGCACGACGUGUGCCUUUGUCAAUUCCAUCCUUCAGAGCUAUCAACAUUCGGUCGGGGUUCCCCGCAAGAUUGGGCUCUAUACUUCCCCUCAUCUGGUGAUGGUCAGGGAGAGAAUUCGAAUUAACUCGCUUCCGAUUUCAGAGGAACAUUUUACCACGUACUUUUUCGAAGUUUGGGAUGCUCUCGAAUCGAGUGCUGUUAAGGAAGGUAUAGAUCCCGCUCACAAGCCCACCUACUUCCGCUUCCUCACCCUCAUGGCAUUUCAUGUUUUUAUGAGAGAAGGUGUCGAUGCGGCUGUCUUUGAGGUUGGGGUUGGAGGAGAGGUAGACUCAACGAAUGUAAUUCCACAGCCAUCGGUGACUGGUAUCACGACCCUUGGAAUUGACCAUGUGGCUACACUGGGCGAUACAAUCGACAAAAUAGCAUGGCAUAAAGCAGGGAUUUUCAAAACCGGCUCUCCGGCCUUUACCGUUCCUCAAAUACCAAGCGCCAUGGAGGUCCUCCAUCAGAGAGCGAAAGAAAAAAGUGUCGAUCUGCUCACUAUUGCAGUACACCCUGCUCUUUUCAAUAUUUCUCUCAAGCCAGCGGAGGAUUUCCAAAGAACAAAUGCAUCUCUCGCUAUCAGACUUUCACAUUCCUUGUUAGACAAACUUGGAGUUCAGGUCGACCUUGGUCUAGCAACGCUGCCUACACAAUUCAUCCAAGGUCUCGAGAACAUAGUUUGGAGAGGGAGAUGUGAGACCCUUACAACUGAAAAGCAAAUUUGGCAUCUUGAUGGUGCGCAUACAGAAGAGAGCCUGAAGCUAGCGGCUUCUUGGUUUGGGCACGUUUCAAAAUCGCAGUCAAUUUCAUCAAGGUAUGAAUUCUCCCAGUACAUCCCCUCCACAAGAGAUGCAGAAGCACUUCUUCAAACUGUGUAUAGUGGGGUUUACAACAAGUGCAACUUGGAUUUCCAGUAUGCAUUGUUCUGUACGAAUGUGACCCACAAAGGCAACGCCUACAAAGUUGCCCUCAAGGAGAAAGAAUACUAA